GCAACAGCACCAGCAGCAUCUGAAGUUCUGAACGGAGUAACAAGUGACAGGGAAGGAGGAUGUCGGGAGCCCAGGGCGCGCACCCGGUCGGCCAGACGACGCCGACGACGUACGAGUCGGUGGGCGGCGGGGAGAACCGCACGCGCACGGACGUGCGGUCGCGGGAGGACCAGGGCGCCAUCCAGAUCGAGAAGGUGCAGGACAAGGUCGACGAUGCCGCGGGGCGCGGGGUGGACCGCGGCGCCUUCGGCGACAAGAAGGAGGGCCGCCACGCCGACGCCGACGCCGACGCAGGGGCCACCGGCACCGGCGCGUGAGGGUGACCGGCCGGGGCCAUGGCUCGCGCGCUCGUGCUGUGCGCGUGUCCGCGAUAGCUGUGCGUUUGUUCCUGCUCUGAUGGCAACGACUGAUGAAUGAAAUAAGAGCACCUCCAAGAGUUUGGCAA